CGUUGUGGAAACGAGGGGCCACCCGCAUCUGGGAGUGACAUGGAUGGGGGUUGCGGGGUACAGAGGGAGAUUUCUUUGGGCUGUUUGUAUUUGAGAACCACCAGCCCGGAACCCGGGAUUCUCACCUGAAAACGCUGGAGACGAUGUUGGGAGAAAGCUAACACCCUUGUGUGACCUCUGACUUCUUCAGUCUGUCCCCAAAACUUUAUUGGAACUCUCCCCCUCUACACCGGACACUCCCUCCUCUUGAUUUGCCCUGACACGAGAUGGGCCUGGGGUCGCGCCCUCUGGUUUUUCCCUAGGAGCGUUGUUCCUGGGCGGUUAGGAACUGUUGAGAAGGGUUCUCCCAGGCGUGCCCCUCUGAAGACAGGGAUACAUGCCUGUUUUGACCCGCCCUAAACUUAAAGGUAUAGUCUUAGUGGCCAACCAGAACCAUGGACAACUCGCCAAAAGGAAAUAAAAAGGAUGUACUUGAUGGACCACCAAAAGACUCGAAGCUGCCUGUCAGCGAGGCCCUUCUGGACUAUCAUCGUGAAAUAAAGGAGACUGCAGUGGAGCGAUUCAUGUUCCAGAUCAAGAAGCUGAGGGACAAGAAUCAAAAGUACCUAGAGAGGAAUAGACGCUUGAAGGAGGAACAGAAUUGGCACAUACAGAAUCUCAUAAAAGAACUGAGGGAGGAAAAGUUGGACGGGGUACAAGCCAUAACAAGAGAGGAUGUGGAGGAGGCAAUGAAGGAGAAGUGGAAGUUUGAAAGAGACCAGGAGGCAAACUUGAAAGAAAUUCGCAUACAAAUAAAUGAGACUGAGAAGCUAUUGCUUGAAAAACUCAGUGAAAAAGAAUAUUGGGAAGAGUACAAGAAUGUAGGGAGUGCUCAGCAUGCUCAACUCAUUGUCUCCUUGCAAAAUGACAUUGACACCGUUAAAGAAAAUGCAGAGAAACUUUCAGAACAGUAUAGAAUCAGCCUGGAAGAUGCUAGACAGAAAAUAAUCAGAGAAACACUGAUCCAACUGGAGCAGAGGAAAGAAUGGGCCAUACAGCGUGCUGUAAGGUUUAUUGACAAGGGCAACUAUCGAGAGAUCUGGGAAAAUGACUGGCUAAAAAAAGAAAUCGCAAUUCACAAGAAGGAAGUGGAAGAGCUGGAAAAUUCUAUUCAGCUACUAGAAGAGGAAAAUUUGGUGCUUAUUGACCAGCUAUUUAACUGCAGGCUCGUGGAUCUCAAAAUACCCAAGAAACUGUACAUUACUCAAGCAGCUGGGCUGCAAGUGACACCCGAAGACGAACCUUUAAAUUUGCUGGAAGCAGACACAGAGGAGAAUUUGCAAUUGCCCUCCAAAGAGGAGAGUGAAGACAUGUUGGACCUCUUACUGGGAAGCAACCAUGGGACUAGCAGCCCAGAUAGCCAGCCCAAGAAGACCAAAAGUAAAGACAGCUCCUCCACAGAGAUGGAGAGCUCCAUCACCCGGUACUUACUGCAUGAAGAUGAACAAGACUUCAAGGAAUAUGUAAACUUGGGCCCACUGGCAUUGAAGUUAAUGAGUGUGCAGGGCAAGAAAAUGCCCAUUCAUUUGCAAGAUAAGGAAAUUCCAUUUGAAUUUUAUGAAGACGCACAGAGCCCUGAAAGUCACAUCACACAUAAAAUGAUGAAGACCUUAAUUUAGGCCUCGGAGCCACAUCUUUCUUUAUAAAUUCUUUGUGAAUUAAAAUGCCUGAGUUGUUCACUUUCUUCA